GUUCUCAGCAAAAUUGAGGGGAAGGCACAGGGAUUUCCCAUGUCCCCCCACCCCUCCUCCGUCCCACGCACAGCCUCCCCGUCAGGGCCCCACAGAGGAGGCACGUUACAUAUAACUGACCGGACCUGCACUGACACGUCAUCACACCCAGGGCGCCUUGCAUUAGGGUCGUCAGCACUGUGCAUUAUUCUGUGGCUUGCUCAGCCGCAGUGACACACAGCCACCUGAUCGUCACAGGGGAGUUUCACUGCCCCCAGCCUCUCUGCGCUUGUCUGCCCCCUGAAUUUGGAGUGGCUGCGUGUUGGGGGCCGACGGUAGUAAUCCUCUGACUAGCGGAGCGGCGCGCAGGGGUCUGGGCGUGUCAGGCGGGAGCGGGGCGGGGCCUCAAAGUCUCGGAGCUCGCCUGGGCCUUGCGUGCCAUGGAGGCAACCGGCGGGGCACGGGCGGCCCUGUACGGCGUCGCGUUGCUCUGUGCUGUCGGCCUGGGCCAGCGACCCACCGGGGGCCCGAGCUGCGGCCCCGGCCGCCUUCUGCGUGGGAUCGGAAAGGACGCGCGCUGCUGCGUCUCGUGCGCCUCGGGCGAAGUCUGUCCUGGGAACUGCACAUGUGUCCAGCCUGAGUUCCACUGUGGAGACCCACAGUGCCAGACUUGCAAGCACCACGAUUGCGAGCCCGGCCAGGAGGUGCGGGCUUAUGGAGAAUUCACGUUCGGCUUCAAGUGUGUGGAUUGUGCCGUGGGGACCUUCUCUGGGGGCCGCGAGGGCCGCUGUAAACCCUGGGCAAAAUGCUCCCAGGCUGGCUUCCGCACCAUGUUCCCAGGGAACAAGACGCAUGACGCUGUGUGUGACCGGGGGCUGCCGCCCGCUGAGCCACACCACUGCUGGCUGACCGUCAUCCUGCUCGCCGUGGCCGCCUGCGUCCUGGUCCUGAGUGUGGCCCAGCUCGGCCUGCACAUCUGGCAGCUGAGAAGGCAGCGAGUGGGGCCCCCAGAGACCCAGCUGCUGCUGGAGGCCCCGCCGCCAGCUGAGGACGCCUGUAGCUGCCCGUUCCCUGAGGAGGAGCGAGGGGAGCGGCUGUCAGAAGACAAGGGCCGGCUGGGGGACCUGGGGGUGUGACGCCUCGCCGCCUUCUGGCGCAGUGGGCCCCAAGCCACAGACUUGCCCAGGGCUGACCUUUGGGGGCAGGGGCUCUGCAACCUACUGAGGGCCUCCCACCCUGGCCCGGCCCUGCUCCCCUCAACGGCGGAAGUAGGUGGGAAUGCUGACAGUGACGAGUUCCCCAGACCAUGCAGAAGAGGCAGCAGCUGUGGCCGGGCCGUGGGAGAUACAGACUCAGCAGUGACUGCCUCCCUCCCUGGCUGGCCCUGCUGGGGUGGGGUCUGUGGGCCCCUGGUUCCCAGGACAGGAGGCCAUGCCCAGCACAGGACCUGGCUGCAGGCGGUGUUCAAUAAACACUUGUGCAGUGA